AUCAUUAGUUACCUGUGGAAUAAGAUCCCUUCCUGGAUCACAGUUGAUCUGUGUAGGAAACUUUGUUGUCCAGGGCUCCAUUUAUUACUGCUGCCUUUCCUGGGUGCAAAGUCCAUACCCUCUUUAAACUUCAUGUAUAAAAUAAUGCCCUGUGACUGACAGCUUUCACUGAGGUCUGUAUUUUUAGGAUUAUAACCAUUUAUGAAAAGCUACUUCAUGUUUAUUUGGUUGAACCUCAAAUUUAUGCUAGGAGAAACCUAAAAAUGAAAUGUUAUCCUGCUAUGUAAAUACAUGGAUAGUUUGUGUUUGAACAUGUGGUCGUCAAUGUCAAUUCUCAUUCAUGUAAUAAAAUAGAGGAGAGCUGAAAGUGGCUUGGAGUGACCAGAAUGAUCAGAAGUGUGACACCCUUUGUACAAGGAGCAGAUGACUAGAGCAGGACUCUUUGGGCAAGGAGUGGGGUCAUUGGGCUGGGGACUUGAUGAACACAGUUGUGAGUGGCAGAAAAGGGAUCAGUGUUGAGUGAUUUUUGUUCACUGCCCUUCUGUACAAGAAUUAAUUGUGUUAAAGGAACAAAUAACUGGUACAGAUCCAUGGAGUAGGAGGUUCCUCACAGAGUGCAUGGCUGAGCAGUGGAUCUCUGUGUAGGGGUUGUUGAAUUAUGAAUUUCAGAAAUGGCUCAUUGGAUUUAUAGAAGAAAGUCUAUUGAGGGCCCCUGAUUCAAGAAGUCAGAACUGUAAUUUCUUUGGAGUUGGAAGAUUAUCUUAGGAAGAAGCAUUGUGUGCUCACCAUUGCACAGAUCCUUAGGGACUUAUCCAAUGCUGGCUUCUGAACACAGAGUGCUGGGCUUGGUGGACAUUUUCCCUGGUGUGGCUAAUUUUAAGCAUUUAUGGAGAAUUUGUAGCUAAGUUACCUCUGGCUCUCUAAGCAAAGUAAUUUGCUGGGUUUCUUCGACCCCAUUUGUGGAUCUGUGAAAAAUCUUUGCCCAAGAGAGGGGAGAGAGCUGAUGUUACUGCUCCUGUAGAGUUGAGCUCUUAAGGCAGAAGUUGGAGAGGCUGUGGUAGUUUUAGACAUGUAGAAAAGGAAAGGAAAAUUCUAUCAUGUCAGUAAUUUUUGCAAAGCAAUGGGUGCAAUGGCAAUUUUUUGGAAUGUGUAGCAUAUCUGAAUAUGCCUGAACAGUAGUGGUGGAGGUGCCUAGGUUGCUGUUCUGAUUUGCUGGGAAAGUUUUCUCUUGGUGCUAAUGAUACAGAGGCAAAAUGAGCCAGGUUAUUAGAAUUCAAAGGUCUUUGAUGGCUGGUUUCCUACUCUCCCCUAUACAUCUAAUGGCAAAUACCAGAGUAGAUGAGCUCUUCUUGCCCAAGAUUUGAUGCAAAUUGAAAAUGUCACCUCUUCCCCCGCUAAGGUCUCCAGAGUGGCCUUUUCGGUGGGCUCAACUAUUUCAAAUGAUGCACUGAUUUAAUAGAAAGGAAAUUGCACAUUUUGGAAAAGGUAAAAUAAAUGUUUGCUUCUAGUUUGUGCUCCUCUAAGUAUUCAUCUUAGCCCUGAAUGCUGCAUUUGAGUUAAUAGAAUAAAAGCAAGAAUCAAGCUAAAGAAAAACCACAGCUCAUGUGUGUCUCAGCUCAUGUGUGCUAUGUGGUCUGGAGGACUUGGAAGGAAUGUAAGUUGAGUGCCAUCUUUCUGUGCUUAAGGUCUUUGCUUGGCUGCCUGUGAAAAUUUUAAGGGAAGUCACAUGUCUGAGUUGCAAUGUAUCCAAAUAAUAAAUCCAAAUAAAACAAACCUUAAAACAAGUCAACAUAAAGGACACAAAAGUCAAAAUGAAGCCAAAUAGGUAUCCCCCAAAAAGUAAGAAAUAGUGGGUAUUUGGAUUUUAUUAGGAGUUUAGUGUCAAGGUUUCAGUUGCUACCGUUGCUGUUGGGUAAGAUCUCCAGGUUUUAUCAUUUAUGUCUGAACAGCUCAUGAAGAUACAGCACAAGAUUGACACUCAUGGGAAAUUUAUCAAGUAAUCUUGGUGUGUGGGUACUGGUACUUUUGGCUGUUUGAUAAAUUGCCUUAUUUUGCAAUGGCAUGUCUGUGAUCUUGCUUGCAGAGGCUUUCCAGUUUGAACGGGUUGGAAGUGCUGCCAGAAAUUCUUUGGACGUGGAAAUUGCCUGUGUGUUCUUUCACAUAACCCUUAGUGGUGGCUCUUUGAGCAUCAUUGGAAGGCAGGAAGCUGCUGCUCCCCUCUUCCUUUUCCUCUGCAAAGGUUGAAACAAAUGUGAACAUACAGAGGGUGAAUAUGAGCCAUGGUUGGAGCAGAGCAGGUUGGAAGUGAGGCCUUUCUGGUUUCCAAAGCUGUUCCCCAGCUAUGCUGUUACAGAGUUUACAUUCUAGUAAAAUUAUUAGCUUUCUUCUGGAAGAUGUAGCAUUUGGAGAAUUGAAGGAUUUAAGAGUAAUACUAUUGUUGGUUAGUCCUCCUCUUUCUAUAUGGAAGCCAUAAAAUCAAAACUGGUCUUUGGGUAGAAGAGUUUCAUUAAGAGAGUUGAAAUUUGAGACAGGUAAUUGUGUGACCAACAGAUGCAGCCUGAGAUUGGGAAGGAUUUUUAAAAAACAGAAACCAAAAGAAGACUUGCUUCAGGUCAUCAGCUAAUGAACUGUAGAAACCUGGAAGAAAUUCCAUUCUCAAAUACAGUUUUGCUUUGUUGGCGCUUGCUUUGUGGUAUUACUUUGCUUUGAGGUAUUUGGCAUAUCCUGCUGGAUUAAGUGUCCCUGGUUUUCUCUGGUUUUUGUGGCAUGAUAACUUCCAAACAGGCUUUUAAUAGGCUGCCAUUUCUGUCAGCAAGCUGCUCUCAGCUCCUGUGGUCAGCUGGAAUUCUUACAACUCAAGCCUUUAGAAGAAGAAAGUCACUUGCCAACCAGAAGAGUUAUGGUGGUUCUGGUGUUACUGCAUUCCCUUAAGUGUAAAACAAUUCACUAUGUUGCUGUCUGUUCUCUAAUUCCAGGAAAGCCAAUAUUUUCAGUGGACAUUCACCCAGAUGGGACCAAGUUUGCAACAGGAGGACAAGGUCAGGAUUCUGGCAAAGUUGUGAUCUGGAAUAUGGCUCCUGUCCUGAAAGAGGAAGAUGAAAAGAAUGAAAAUAUCCCCAAGAUGCUUUGUCAGAUGGACAAUCACUUAGCUUGUGUGAACUGUGUGCGAUGGUCAAACAAUGGCGUUUACUUGGCCUCGGGGGGAGAUGACAAGCUGAUUAUGGUGUGGAAACGAGCAGCGUACAUUGGACCUAGCACUGUGUUUGGUUCUAGUAGCAAACUUACUAAUGUUGAGCAAUGGAGGUGUGUGUCAAUUCUCAGAAGCCAUUCAGGGGAUGUGAUGGAUGUAGCAUGGUCUCCACACGAUGCCUGGCUGGCAUCCUGUAGUGUUGAUAACACUGUUGUCAUCUGGAACGCUGUCAAAUUCCCAGAAAUUCUUGCCACUUUGAAGGGACAUUCUGGCUUGGUGAAAGGGCUGACCUGGGAUCCUGUUGGAAAAUACAUUGCCUCUCAGGCUGAUGAUCGAAGUUUGAAGGUGUGGCGGACCCUGGACUGGCAGCUGGAAACCAGCAUCACAAAACCCUUUGAUGAGUGUGGAGGGACAACUCAUGUGCUGCGCCUUAGCUGGUCACCUGAUGGUCACUAUCUUGUUUCUGCUCAUGCCAUGAAUAAUUCUGGACCCACUGCUCAGAUCAUUGAGAGGGAUGGAUGGAAAACCAACAUGGAUUUUGUAGGGCACCGGAAGGCAGUUACAGUAGUGAAAUUCAAUCCAAAAAUCUUCAAAAAGAAACAAAAGAAUGGGAGCUCCACCAAGUCAAGUUGUCCCUACUGCUGUUGUGCUGUUGGUAGCAAAGAUCGAUCUCUGUCUGUCUGGCUCACGUGUCUGAAGCGACCUUUAGUUGUCAUCCAUGAGCUGUUUGACAAGUCAAUCAUGGACAUCUCAUGGACCCUUAAUGGACUUGGUAUCCUGGUGUGUUCCAUGGAUGGAUCAGUGGCAUUUUUGGACUUUUCCCAGGAUGAACUUGGGGAUCCACUCAGCGAGGAGGAAAAGAGCAACAUUCACCAGUCCACCUAUGGCAAAAGCCUGGCUAUCAUGACUGAAGCUCAGUUGUCCACCACCAUUAUUGAGAAUCCAGAGAUGCUCAAGUACCAGCAGAGGCAGCAGCAGGGGGAUCAGAAGAAUUCCUCAAUUCGGGAAGGCUCUGGGAAUUCCACAGCUCCCAAAGUGGCAAGCAUGGUUAAUGGGGAGAGUCUGGAGGACAUCAGAAAGAAUCUCUUAAAAAAACAAGUGGAAACACGAACGGCAGAUGGCCGGAGAAGGAUCACACCUCUCUGCAUAGCUCAACUGGACACUGGGGAUUUUUCUACAGCAUUUUUCAAUAGCAUCCCAAUAUCUGGAACUCUGUCUGGCUCAAUGAUGUCUUCUCAAAGUAACCAGCAGCUCAUGUCACUAGAUUCGAACGCAGCAAAUUCCCUUAACACUUCAAAGCCUUCUGUAGAGCCAACAGCAGCCAGUAUAAAACCAACAGAUGAUGCAGCCAAUAAAGAUGGUGUAAAUGCUACCUCUGCCUCAGCUGCUCCUUCUGCAUCGUCUUCCUCUGUGUUGACAACUCCAUCCAAGAUUGAGCCCAUGAAAGCAUUUGAUUCUCGAUUCACAGAACGAUCCAAAGCCACCUCAGGGACUGCUGUUGUAACAAACACAAACCAGACUGUUGUGGACAGACUGAAGGAUCAGAAUUUAAUUAAAGACAAUAAGCCCAAGGACAUUCUGGAGAGCAGCAGUGACAGUGAAGAGAAGAUUCCAGCUGUCAAACCACUCAGUGUACCCAAACGGAAACUGGAACUUGAGGGAGAAACAGUAGAAAAGAAGAAAAAAGGAAGGCCUAGGAAAGACUCCAGACUUGUACCAGUAACUUUAACUGUUCAGUCCCCAGCUACACUGGCCUCUGAGAAGGAUGCUGCUUGCAUCUCUGCACCAGCAUUAGCACUUAAACUGCCAACCCCAAUCCCACAGAAAUCGUUUACUUUGCAAAUAUGUUCAGAUCCAUCAAUGUACCUUGAAGUGGAGAAUGAAAUGACCGCAGUGGGGGGCUCAAAGCUGAGCAGGUUAAAGUGUAAUAGGGAAGGGAAGGAAUGGGAGACAGUCCUCACCAGUCGAAUCCUUGCUGCAGCAGGAAGCUGUGAGAUUGUAACUGUGGCCUGUGAAAAACGAACGCUGUCAGUAUUCUCAGCUUGUGGUCGUCGCCUUCUUCCUCCUAUAAUAUUGAACACACCCAUUUCCACCCUGCACUGCACAGGCUCCUGCAUCAUGGCUCUCACCACUGCUGCUACGCUCUCUGUUUGGGAUGUUCACAAGCAGACAGCCAUUGUCAGAGAUGAGUCUUUGCAAACAAUUUUUUCAGGAAGUGAUGCAACUGUCUCUCAGAUCUUGCUGACUCAGCAUGGAAUUCCUGUCAUGAGCAUGUCUGAUGGGAAGGCAUACUGCUUUAAUCCUUCUCUUUCUACAUGGAAUCUUGUUUCUGACAAACAGGACUCUCUAGCACAAUGUGCAGACUUCAGGACUAGUUUGCCAUCUCAAGAAGCCAUGCAGUGUUCUGGGCCCUUGGCUGUGAUACAGGGACGCACAUCCAAUUCAGGAAGGCAAGCUGCAAGAUUGUUCUCCAUGCCUCAUUUAGUGCAACAAGAAACAACACUUGCAUACCUGGAGAACCAGAUAGCAGCAGCACUUAUUUUACAAUCCAGUCACGAAUAUCACCACUGGCUCCUUAUCUAUGCACGGUACCUAGUUAAUGAAGGGUUUGAAUAUCGUUUGCGAGAAUUAUGCAAGGAUUUACUGGGUCCAGUCCAUUACUCAGCUGGAAGUCAGUGGGAAUCAACAGUUAUGGGUUUACGGAAGAGAGAACUAUUGAAAGAGCUUCUUCCUGUUAUUGGACAGAACCUCCGCUUCCAGAGGCUUUUCACAGAGUAUCAAGAGCAGCUGGACAUCUUGAGAGACAAGUAGUAUGUCCCCAGAUUUUCCCUGCGGGGCCUGGUCCCAGUGAAACUGCUGAACAGCGUUACAGAGACGAGAGAGGAGCGAGAGCCCGGCCAGCGGGGACAGUCCUGAAGAAGGGCUGUGCCACAGAGGUCCCUGGAUUCCUGGAAAUGAUGAGUGCAGGAGCUCGACAGUUUCCCCAGUGAAACUUGACCAUUGAAGCUGUGACCUCUGUUUCUAUGGAAAGUCAUGGAUAUGUACUUCAGGGGGAUCCUUUUGGAUCUGGAUCUCAUUUAAUAUUAAAACUAGCUGAGAACUGUUUGUGCGGUUUCUUGGAUGUCCUGUGAAAAGCACAGUACUUCAGAGUACACUGAACAGCAUAUUUAACCCUGUUUGGGGUUUUUUGCCUGAGGAUUUAUUGAGGCUCAACACUAUAUUAAAUUAGAUGAAUGAGCCACGUAAAAAGAAAUUUCAUAAAUAUUAAGGUAUUAUGCAGCCAAUAGACUCUUUCCUGUGAAUAUAAUAAUAAUAAGAGGCUGUUCUAACACAUGGACUAUUUUUGUACUAGAAUUUGCUAACUUGUAAUAUGGAAUUUUAUUUGGCCAAUAAUCAGGCUAUCACUACAAAGUCAUCUUGUAGGAGUUUAAUUACAAAGGCUAUGUUUCAAAGUAAUUCUACCAAAUUAACAUGUCAUCAUCAGGUUUUUAAUUUUUCAAUGUUUGUAAAAGGCAUUUGGGGGGAGGGGGAGGGAUACAAUGGGGUGGCUCUUUUUGUAAGUACAAAAUAAAAGAACA